AUGGUGCAAGUCAAGGCGCCCUCGCUGGCGGGCGAGCAGGCGCCUGAUCUGGACCUCGUCGCGGUGGUCGACGUCAGCGGGAGCAUGGCGGGGCCCAAGCUGGAGGAGGCGAAGCGCGCCGUGGGGCUCGUCGUCGACAGCCUCGGCGCCCGCGACCGCCUCAGCGUCGUCGCCUUCUCCGGCGACGCGCGGCGGGUCGUCCCCCCGACGCGCAUGUCGGGGGACGGCAAGGCCGCGGCCAGGCUCGCCGUGGAGUCCCUGGCCGCCGGCUCGACGACCAACAUCCGAGCCGGUCUCGACGAGGCGGCCAAGGUGGUCGAGGAGUGCCGGCGCGACAACGAUGCCGCCGGCGUCAUCCUCCUCUCGGACGGCAUCGCGGCGAUCAAGUCCGGCCGCUACAAGAACAUUAUCACCACCACCGACGGGGAGCCGGCCUGGGUCGGCGUCGGCGAUCUGUACGCGGACGAGGAGAGGCGCUUCCUCUUCCUGUUCGAUGUCCGGAGGAUCGGCGACGCCAACCGCAACCGCACCCUUCUCUGCAAGGUUCGCUGCGAGUACAUGGACGCGGCGACCGGGCAGGAUGUUUCCGUGGAACCGGCAUACAACGGCUUUGACGUGGACGCCGAGGUGCUGAGGCCCCUCGACGUCGCGCCGGCGAUGGAGGUCGAGCGGGAGCGCCUCCGCGUGGAGGCGGCGGAGGACGUGGCCCUAGCCCACGCGGCCGCGGAGCGCGGCGCCUACGCCGAGGCCGCGCGGAUCCUCGGCGCCCGCCGGGAGUCGGCGGUGAGCCGGGCGGCGGCGGCGGCGCUGUCCGGCGACGCGGCGUGCGAGGCGCUGGCGGCCGAGCUCGACGAGCUGCGGCGGGCGAGCGGGAGUACAGGCUGA